UCACUUUUUGGCAAGAUGUGGAAAACUGUUUAGCUCGUUGUGGUGAUGUGCGAGAACUCUAGCUGUUCUCCAGAAAGUGAGAGUUCUCAGGAUGAUUGGCAGAAAUCUUUUGAUGAUCUAGAAACUUCCCAGUUUAAUGGUGAAAGCCCUGUUCAAAUCAGCGAGCGCACACGAGCGCUGCAUUGCAAUGCUUGGGAAGCUUUCUUAGAUAGAGAUGGCAGAGUGGUGAAUGAGUCUGCUCUCAGAAAAGCAGUAUUUAAAGGUAACAGUAUGUAUGUACUAUAUUUCUCUGUAACUACUUGAGUUAACAUGCACGUUUUGCUUUUGUUUUCUUUCCUCAAAGGGUAGAACAUUAAUUAUUUUUCAUUUAAAGCAAAAUGAUCAUUAUUGCACCAACAGGAUAGGCUUGUGAUAGAUAAAAUAUGUUGAUUUCCACUAGUAUACCAAUGCUGAAUACACUCAGACAUUUUUAUUCAGAGAGGACUUGUAGAUAACUAGGUUUAUUACGUAUAAGACUUACUUUGAAAACUCAGAAUGGUCAAGAGCAUACAGUCAAUAUACAAUAACAUGUGGAGUUGACAUUCAAAGUUACAAUCAAUUUUUUUUUAUGAGAAACUAAUAAAAUUCAAUAACAUUCUACCAACAAUUCCAUAUGUUGGAUUUUGAUUAUCAUAUUAUUCUGUUGGGGUUCUGAAGUAAUCUAAAAAUAAUUUGGUGUUUGUUUGGAUUCAUUGAAGGUGGUAUUGACUGCAAGAUAAGAAAGGAAGUCUGGAGUUUUUUGUUUGAGCUGUAUCCAUUUUCAUCAACAAGGAGGUUAGAAAUGUUUUAAGCCUUAAACUUUCAAUAUCUGAUUGCUAACUCUGCUUUCUAGCUGCUAUACAUUUCCUUGUAAAUUAGUUAAAAGAAUUUGGUGUUUGAUCAAGAUAACAAGCUUCUACUUGAUAAGUUUGAGUAUUGUUAUUACUUUUUUUCUGAAUAAUGUAUGAAUAUUAUGGGAAGAAGUUACAUGUUAAUCACUUUGUAGGGAAAGAGAAGCCUUAGCUGCUGAAAAUAUAGCACAAUAUGGAGCACUUAAAAUGAGAUGGAAAGAGCUUUUAAAGAAUUAUAAACCUCCAGUGGAUCCUGAUGUUCCUGAGUCAAUACCUCUCUAUCUGAGAGAAUGUAAGAACAAUCAAAUUAAUAACACUGUAAGAGAUGAUGUCACGGAUGGCUUAUCAAAAGAGGUAGUGGAUGAGGAGCAAAUGGUGUUUCUUAAUCUUACAGCAAAGGUUCGUCUGAGAUAGUUUUGUAGUUUAAAAUGAAAUGUAGAUCAAAAAUGUUAUUGCAGGGGAGCAAAUGGUUUUUCAUAAUCUAAGAGCAAAGGUUUGUCUGAGAUAAUUUUGUAGCUUAAAAUGAAAAUAAUUUAGAUCAAAAUGAUGUUGCAGGGGAGUAAAUGGUGUUUUUUAAUCGAAGAGCAAAGGUUUGUCUCAGAUAAUUUUGUAGUUUAAAAUGAAAUGCAGAUUGUGGAAAUGGUGCUGACCUAGUUUCAUUCAUGUUUUGCUUUUUCCAAGUAAAGCAAACAAAGGAAGAUACAACUUAAACCAGGCUGAAAACCUUUUCUUACUGAAAUCAUUUGAAACUGUGACGUACAUAAAUAUAUUUUGUGGUUUCAUUAAGUCUUGGUUUUUAAUUUUAUUCCUUUUUGAUUGGGUAUAGUUAAUGCAACAAAUGAUUCAAUUACGAGUACAUUGAAUUAUUAUGCAUAUUAACCAUAGAGGGGCUUGGUAAUAAGUUAUGAGGAAAUAAGAUUCAAACUACACGUAAAACAGUACUGAUCUUCAACUUUCCAUUUACAGUGACAUCAUGCUAAAUAUAUUACAACUCUUAAAGUGGCUUGCUAUUUUUCAGUCAUGCUGAGAGGAAGUUUGGCUUUCAGUUGUUUUCAUUUUCACUCAAAACACUGUUUUUUGCUUUCUGUGCCUUUGAAUUCAAGGUUAAUUGAAAGUGAUGAUUAUUGUUAUGAUAACCACCUUUCACUGGGAUGAAAAUCCAGCCUUUCUGUAUUCUUGAGUCUGACUAGGAGAUGCAAAAUGAGUUGCCUAGUAAUGUGACUUUUAUAAGUUUGUUUUUCCAUAAGUUUUUGCAAAGUGUUCACUAUAUAGCCUGAAUUACAUGAAUGAUGUAGAAGUUUAUAGAUAACAAACUGAUCUGUUUAGACGACAAAUUUAUCCAAACCAUGUCAUGUUUUUUCAUUAGUUUAAGGCAGAUCGCCAACCUAUAGAAAUCCAGAAAUUGUAUUCAUCGAUCAGAGUAAUUGAUAAAGAUGUGCCAAGGACAGACAGAGGACAAGCUUUCUUUGAGUAAGGUUUCUUUUCAUGAUACAUGUACCUGAUAAUAUGAUUCUGUGAGCAAAAGGAACAUCAAUUAAAAAAAAAAAAAGAAUUUAAAAUUCCUUAUCUGCUUUUUUCAAACCUAAAAGUUAUUUGUUUUACACAACAAUGUAACACAAAGGAAACUUAUAGCACUGAAGAACAAGGGCACGUGAGUCAUGCAUUUUUUUCAACCAUACAUGUAAAAAAUUUUAUAUACGCAUCUGACUACCCUGUGUCUGAGCGUAUGAAAUUUGGGUGCGCAGUUAACACAAAUGCAAGCAGUACUUUAACUACAUGUAGCUCUUUGGAAUAAAGAGAAUGAAAGCAAAUGAUGAGGUACAGUGUACUCUGCAGAAACUGAAAUGGAACCUGAAUUAAGCCAUAACAUAUAAGUGGUCACCCUGUAUUAAGCAGUUGGUUUCAAAGUCUAGAAAUUUUUUCCCCUCAACUUUAGUAGUAACCACACUAUUAAGCAGUCACCUUUAUUAAACAGCCCUAGUCACCUUUAACUGACUGCCAACAGCCUGUUUGUUUUACACUCCUUCACUUGUGUUGAGCAGUCACUUCAAGUGGAACCAGUCAAGUCAAAUUAAGAAUAAUCUUUCAAGUGAAAUGUUAUCCACGUUUAUCUUCCAAAAUCAGUGUAUGACAAGCAUGUUUGAGCAAGCUCAAGUGGUCACUAAUGGCAUGAAAUGGCAUUAACCCACCAUUCCCUGUGCAUGACCACUCAAUACAAGUAUAACUUUGUGAUAAUGUUGUUCUGCUGUUUGCUAGUCUCCAACCUCUGUGCAGUAUUAUCAUAUUUAAAUAGUUUUUGUGCCAAAUAUGAUCAGUCAGAAUUUUCUCUUGAGUUUCCCUAUGUCAUUCUGUUCUGGUAUCCUGAUCAUCAGGUAUAUACUCUCUACCCUUACCUCAUUUGAUUUUUAUUUACUCACCUUUGUUAUCAUUAUAAAUUAUUUUUAUUUAAAUCAUUUCUUCAUACAUUUCAAUGUCACUGGUUAUGUAAUUAAAUUUUGAGAAUUUAUCGGUGUUCACUACAAACAGUGUAUGUUAUUGUUAUUUUUAUUUUGUAAUUGUGAUGAUUUUCCUUCAGUUUUCAGGUAAAGUACAAUGCAUCUCAGGUUACUUUUGCAUUUUUGAUUUUGCUUUCAGGGGAAAAGGGAAUCAAAAUCUUCUUGUGCUACGAGAUAUUUUAAUAACAUACAGUGCAUAUCAUCAAGGUAUUGCCAGUCAAAUUUAUUGUUACAGUAUCUAUUUGUAAAAUUUUAUUCAGUAGUAUUAUAGCUUUUUGUUUCUUUUUUUGACUUGGCAGGGACAAAAAAAUCAGUAUGCCUUGUUUCCUUGAGUAGUUAUUUGAAAUUUCAGCUAAAAGGAGGAGCACUUAUUGGAAGGAAGGCACUUAUUCAGGGGGGGGAGCUUGUAAAUAAACUAUUCACCUGAACUGCUUUCCUUGUUGUUGAAGUGCAAAAAAACUUGAAAUAAAGUGGCAAUAGAAACAGCUAGUUUACCUUGUAUCCCCACUUUUUUAAGAUAGUGAGGGAGGACAAGGGAGGAUAUUCAAGGGGGGCCUUUAUUUGAUAUUAUGGCCUCAGGGUGAGUGCCUGUUUGGGGGAGGGUACUUAUUAAAAUGUGGGCAUUUAUUUGAGGAAAUACAACAACUUCUCUAGUUUUUAAGUCAAAAGUUUGAGAUUUUUAUCCGAGAAUACCAUGACUUCUAGUUAAAGGACUUGGUCAUACCUAAGAAGGUAGAGAUGAUUCUGAAGAUACCUGCAUCCCAUUGAGUUUCAAUUCAACCUCUUCUCCAAUGCCUCCCCAACUAAAAUACAAGGUUCUAGAACAGUAUGAUCAUUCACAAACGCUCUUCUUUUCUUAUUUUGGGUCAAAAUUCUUUUCUCUUUUUUUCUUCCCCAGAUGUAGGAUAUGUUCAAGGAAUGAAUGAUGUUUUAAGUAGAUUUUUAAUUGUGCUGGGAUCAGAAGCACAGGCUUAUUGGUGUUUCACUAAUUAUAUGGAAACUGUCAAGAGAGACUUUCUAGAUGAUGGAAUGCUAGACAAAAUAAGUAAGUUUGUAAUCCUAAGUCAUUGUUAUUUAUGUCCAUGCUUGUUGGAUUUAAUGUUUUUCUUUGUUUUUUGGUUUUCUUGUUGUUUUUAUUUAUUUAUAUCUUUUGGCUAAAUAUAGCGUGGAAAAUGUUAAAGAAAGAAAAUCUAGAACUACAAUGUAUGACAGCUACGCAGACGCGCAUCAAAAAUGUACAACAAAAUGAUUUUUGCAAGAAAAUGUUUUUUAUUUCGCUUUUCCUAGCUUUACUUUACGUUUUCUUUUGCUUAUGUUUUUUUAGUUUUAAUUGUGUUUAUUAUUUUGUGCUUUUUUUUCGUUUCCUUAUUUUUUUCUUUAUUUGUUUGUUUAUUAUCACCAGCACAUGUCAGAUUACUACUAAAGAAAAUGGACGAGCAGCUUUUUAAUCAUUUUAAAGCAAACGGAAUGGAAGAUCUGCUAUUUGUUCACAGGUACAUGUAAAGUGUGUAUUCAUGUAUCUUUUAGCUAUCUAUUAGAGAAUAUGAUUAUGUCGCCAGACUAGUCAUCCCUUUUGAUGUAGACAACCAGGAAAGUAUUAAAAAAAAUGAUUCGUUCGUCUCGAGCUUGAGACAAAAUAAAUUAAGAAUAAUGACAAUAAAUAAUAACGAUACCAAAAAAAAUAAAAGACGGACUGUGACUUGCCUUGAACCUCUGAGUUUUGGAAUUUACGCCACGAUGCUCUAGCACUAAACUGUAGAACUUGUUAGCAACUGAAGCCACAUACAUGUACCAGACUCAAGUGACACCAGCGUUGUGCAUAGUCAAAAAUUUCAUUUGUGCAAAUAAAAAUGGAUGCUGUUUUUUUUUUUAAUUUCUCCAGGUGGCUUGUUUUGACUUUUAAAAGAGAGUUCUCUUUCGAAGACGCGUUGACAAUGUUUGAAAUAAUCAGCAGUCAACACCUUGAAUUGACAUCAAUGGAGGCUGAAAGAGAGCGAGAGAGACAGAGAGCUAAACAAUUAGAGAUAGAUGGUUAGUUCAUGUCAGCUAUUGUCAUUAGUAACAUUACAAAGUAAUUGGAAAGAUCUUCAAAAAUUCAAGUCUAGAUGCGCGAAGGGGGGAAAGAUAUUACUUGGUUAAAAAUUUGGGAAUUUUAUGAACAAUUCUUAGUACCGAGUCAUUAUUUGUCGUAGUUUUGGAUCUGACUUGUGAAGCGGUUAUUGAUGCUUUCUGGACGAUUAAGGGGAACCAGCGGCAUACAUGUAGCUUAACAAAUACCUCUUUCAGCGUUACCCGACUCUCGGUUUUUACUUUAUAACUACACUUUAAACUUUUAGAACAACGAAUUGUGGCGCUUUAAGCCAUCUUAAUAUCAUUUUUAUUUUCCGUCAACCUUAGCCUGUGAGUAUACUCUUAUCAUUUAGUAGCGCUGCAGGACGUGCGUUUCUUUCAGCGGCUCGCGUUGCUCAAGGUCCCAUACUUCCUUACGGGCGAGGAAACACUCGCGCUGAAGCGCUGUUGACGAGGGCCUGCCAUAGGCUAUGUAGACGUCUUAAAAUCAGUUUCUUAGAAUUUAUUCGUCUAUUAGUUAUUCGUCUCUGAGUCUGCUGCUCUCAUUAACUUUUUAUGUUCUUACUACAGGAGGUGAAUUUCAUGCGCAGGUUGUGGAAAUGGCAAACUAUUCGUUUGAGGUAUUUGUAUGUCUAGCUGUUUUGGAGGAAUACAGAAAAAGUUUAUUGAGGUGUUCGGAGGUUUCAUCCGUGUACAACACCAUUCACAGGUGAGAGAGAUGAUUUUUUUUUUUUUUGCACGUGUACUGCAUUUAAUGCGAACCCACAGUGUAUAUUCCUAACUUGAGCUAUACGGGGUAUGAUUAAAUGACUUGCAGAUUCAGAGGGUGUAUUCUUCACCCACCACACCCUAACAUCGAUAUGCAUGUACUCCGUACUAUUUUCCAUACAUUUUCUAAGGUGUUGACAGGGAUAAUUGAUUUACGAUUAAGAGCCUAUUUAGUUUGUGAUCAUAUUUGUUAUUCUCGUGACUUCCAUUUGUGGUUUAGGGUCGAUAUUGUAAGGAGAAAUUAGAUGCUAGUCUCUCUUAGGCGUUUUUAGGAUUCACAAUGCAACGGUUGAACGGGGUUUGACAUUGACGUUGCCUUAUCUUCAUGGAACUCCGCGGCAACUAAGCUACUUUGGUGUCUCAAACUAACUCUGUUAUGAAAAAGAAAAAAGAAAAAGAAAAAGAAAAAAGAAAAAGAAAAAAGAAAAAGAAAAAGAAAAAAGAAAAAGAAAAAAGAAAAAGAAAAAAGAACAGUUUCCCUUAGAGAUGUACAGCGCAGGGGCAUGCUCUAUCUGUUGAGCUGCUGUAAACACAGACGCUCUUUUCCUUUCUCUUUCCUCCCGAAGCGGAUAUUUCUUUCGUUAUGAACAAUCAUUCUUAGAAAACUCAGCAUUCUCGGAAAGGAAACCUCUUUCAAUAUUAACUAAUCAUAGUUGUUAAGGGUUGUUAUUGGCCUUGAUUAGUAGUUGUAACUGCUGUAAAAUUAGAGUUUUGUAAGAUUGACACAUAUGUUAGCAUUCUAUAGUGAACUGAUGAUGGAUGUUCAGUUUCUUGAUCCUGAUGAUUGCUUUACAUGUUUACUGGUUAGAUACAUCUAAGAUGUCACUGUUGUCGUAUAAUUUGAACAUUUUAUUAUUUCCUUUGUUAAUUUCUCUUUUUUCUUGGCAGUUUAUCAAUGAAAAUGGACUUGAACAUUAUCCUCAUGAGAGCAGAGGAAUUAUUCUACAAAUACUGUCGGAAAUCUGUGGUUGACUGCUUUCAAGUGGUCGAUUUGGACACAGCAGAUGUAUCUUGAUACCAACAAGCAAGCCAGAGUAACUAGCGAAUAUUGCUAGGAGGAACGCUGUUAAACUUUAUGUCUAGAAUUGAUGACCUUUUUUAAUUGGAUGUUUGAAAUUCAAUUUUGCUUUAACAGUUUAAUGCACCUCUGCCUUCAAUGAUCAUUACUGUAACAGGUUUAACCUUUAAUCGCCAGAACACAUCACAAAAUUGUAAAACAGGAAUAUUUGUUUCUGUGGUAUUGCAGGAUAAAAGGUAAAGUUUAUGAUUCAUGAAAGCAAUAGUGUAAGAACCGUUCCGAGGCACAUCAACAGUUGUCGUAACUAGCGUUUGCGUGCACUCUGAUUUUGCUUGGUUAACAUUUUAAAAUAGGCAGAGUUACAGUAUGUACUGUCUUUUCCGAGAUAUUUGCUUUAUUUUUAAUUUUCCUAUGUGGGAACAUAAGAUAGCGAGUCAGCUUACUUGUAAGUUGAAUGACCAAAAAUAACGAUCAAACAAAAUAUAACUUAUAUAUUUUUUUUAUUUUUAGGUACAAGAAAAACGAACUCAGGCGAAAAUUUGUAUUAUCUAAUUUAUAAAUGGGCGGCAUAGGCUCAACAUAAAACCAGCGGGAUAUUUUUACCAUUAAUUAAAUCUCUCAGACCUUUGCUUGGAUUCUGGAAGUAGAAACAUGUCUUGACAUGUAAUUCAAUUUAGCUAGGUCUUCUAUCAGCCAAAUGCUUUCGAAAAUUGAUAAAGAUUAUUGGUCAGAGUAUAUUAAAAAUUCGAGCCUAAAGAUAUAUGUUAUUAAGAUAUAGCACACCAAAGAGACUACAAACGAAUUUUUUAGUAAUUUUAUGAUAUGUAAUAUUCUUUCUUUCCAAGGAGCAAAAGUGG